AUGUCACAAAGAUUAGUUUCAAUAAAUAUUGCUGAUAUCUUAAAAAUUCAUCAACUUCAAAGCACAAAAAUGAUCAAUAGAGGUUUUUUAAGAAAUAGUUGCAAUAGUGUUCCAAUCAUUCCAAACCAGUCAAGUAUAGUUAAUGAUACCAUUGCUGAAUUAGAAUGUGCCAUUUCAGAUGCCAGUAGCUUUAAAUGA